AUGUCGACUUUAGAAUCGCAACAACAAAAUCUUUCAGCAUUACAAAGAUUAGAUAGUAAGAUAUGUGGUGUUUUAGGAACAUCAACACAUGUAACUGCCUAUAAAUUUGAUGAAUCUGUUAAACAAUGGUUUAGAAAAGAUAUAGAAGGUUCAUUAUUUAUAGUGAACACAACAGAAUAUCCAUAUUGUAAAUUAAUUGUAAUGAAUAGAUUAAGCACAAAGAAUUUAGUAGAAGAGAUUAAUGAAAAGAUUGUUAUUAGAAUUCAAGGUCAAUAUUUAAUAUAUAAAAAUAAAAGUGGUGAAAUCAAUGGUAUUUGGUUUUAUGAAGUAACUGAUCAAGAAAAGAUUUAUAAUUUAUUAAAAGAUCUUCAAAGGAAUCCACCACAACCACCACAAAUACAACAACAACCACAACCACAACAACCACAACAACAACAACAACAACAACAACAACAACAACCACCACAACCACAACAACAACCACCACAACAAAUGCAACAACAACCUCCAGGUACUAUGUCACCACAAGGUAUGAUACCACCUCCAGGUUUUAUAAUUCCACAAGGUGGUAUACCUCCUCAUCCACAAUUUAUGCCUCAAUCUCAUGUUUAUCCAUAUAUGAUGCAACCACAACAAAUUCAACCAAAUUAUAAUAAUAAUAGUAGUAAUAAUAAUAAUAAUAAUAAUAAUAGUAGUAAUAAUAACAGUAGUAAUAAUAAUAAUAGUAAUCCACCAACACCAAACAAACAAAAUAUAAAUGAUACACCAAUUACGCCAAAUACAAUAAUAAAUCAAAUUCAACAAAAUUCAACCCAAUCAAACAAUAGUAAUAAUAUCAAUAAUAAUAAUAAUAGUAAUAAUAUCAAUAAUAAUAGCAAAACUACUCCAUAUUCAACCACUCCACAACAAUUAUCACCAACAAUUAAAAAAGAAGUACCACUAUUAUCAGUAUUAAUGAAUUCAGUUGUAGUUAAAGAGAAUACAAUAACAAAAGAUCAAAUUAGAGAAACCUUAAAAAGAUUAGUGAAUGAUGAAAACUUUAUUGAUUUAGUUUAUAACUCUUACAUUAAUGAAUAA